AUGUUCACUGAAGGAGAUAAGUUUAAUCAGACAGUGGUGGAGACUGAUUUAGAGCAAGCCGUUGAUGUUGCGUGUCGAAAUGCGCAAGAUUGCUGUCACUCUAAAAGUUUCACUUGUUUUACUCGUCGAAUGCGUGCUGUCUCAGCUGCUCGUUUACCUCAUGUUGUGCUUUUAGCAGUGUUUGAAUAUUUAAAUCUUAAAGAUUUGGCCCGGUGUAUGCGAGUUUGCAAGCACUGGUUGACUGUUUUGCAAUAUCCGGAUAGCUUUGUUUGGAGGCGCCUGGCACGUACAGUUAUCCCAGAUGAGGCUCUUAAUGAUUUCUCUCUCCUGUCAGAAAUUCCUUCUUUCAAGGACAAGUUACGAGCAUUCUGCUAUGCAUGGAAUCCGAAUGAUUCUUCAAAAAAUAAUUAUUUACGUCCCAAUGGUUUUACGGUGCAUCGGAAUCCAGUUGCUCAGAGUACCGAUAGUGUGCGAGGCAAAAUAGGUGUGAACAGUGGGAUACAUGCAUGGGAGUUCACGUGGGAGGGGCCACUGGGAACCGUGGCCUGUAUAGGUUUAGCGACGAAACAUGCAGCGCUACACUGUCAGGGUUAUGUGGCUCUACUGGGAAGUGAUGAUCAAAGCUGGGGCUGGAAUCUCGUAGACAAUCAGUUGUUGCAUAACAGUAAGCCGAUCUCUCCUUACCCGCAUAUCAAUAAUCCUCCAAAAUACCAGAUGGGAGAAAGAAUUCGAAUGAUAGUGGAUUGUGAGCAACAUUCUAUGUAUUUCGAAAAAGGCAGUGAAUUUCUAGGUAUUGCUUUUAGUCGUUUGCCCCCAUUGAAACUAUUUCCAGCCAUGUGUGCUGUCUAUGGUAAUACUGAAGUGUCUAUGGUCUAUAUUGGGCCACCGCUUCUGGGUUAA